AUGAGCGUACAAUCCGAUUCGGAUAAGCGGAAACAAAUCUCUGUGCGAGGUAUCGUUGCAGUAGAAAAUGUUGCUGAAGUGAAGAAAGCAUUUAAUCGUCAUGUGCAUUACACUCUUGUGAAGGACAGAAAUGUUGCGACUCCAAGAGACUACUACUUUGCCUUGGCCCAUACCGUGAGGGACCACCUUGUCUCGCGCUGGAUUCGAACCCAACAAUACUACUAUGAAAAAGACCCCAAGCGUGUGUACUACCUCUCUCUGGAGUACUACAUGGGUAGAUCUCUACAAAACACCAUGAUCAACCUGGGCAUUCAGGGAACGGUAGAUGAGGCUCUGUACCAGCUCGGUUUAGACAUUGAGGAACUCGAGGAGUUGGAGGAAGAUGCUGGUCUUGGUAAUGGAGGUCUAGGACGACUGGCAGCUUGCUUCCUGGAUUCCAUGGCCACUCUUGGGUUGGCUGCUUAUGGUUAUGGUAUCAGGUAUGAAUACGGUAUAUUCGCUCAGAAGAUUGAACACGGUGAGCAACAGGAGGAGCCUGAUGACUGGCUGCGGUACGGCAACCCCUGGGAGAAGGCGCGCCCCGAGUUCAUGCUGCCCGUCAACUUCUACGGCCGUGUGGUCGACACGCCUGAUGGAAAGAAAUGGAUUGAUACCCAGAUCGUGUUUGCGAUGCCCUACGACAACCCGAUUCCCGGCUACAACAAUAAUGUCGUCAACACGCUACGACUCUGGUCUGCCAAAAGCCCUGUCGACUUCAACCUGAAAUUCUUCAACUCUGGCGAUUACAUCCAAGCUGUGCUCGAUCGUAAUGUCGCUGAGAACAUUUCCCGAGUACUGUACCCCAACGACAACUUCUUUGAAGGCAAAGAGUUGCGUUUACGUCAAGAGUACUUCAUGUGUGCUGCCACUCUACAAGAUAUUAUCAGGAGAUACAAAAAUUCCAAAUUUGGUAGCAGGGAGGCCGUCAGGACAACAUUCGAAAGCCUUCCUGAGAAAGUAGCCAUACAACUAAACGACACUCAUCCCGCGCUCGCUAUUCCUGAACUUCUUAGGAUUUUGGUCGACAUUGAGAAGGUGCCCUACGACAAGGCAUGGAAGCUGGUAACUCAGUGCUGCGCGUACACUAACCACACCGUUCUACCUGAAGCUCUAGAGAGAUGGCCCACCACGAUGUUGGAGAAUGUGUUGCCUAGACACAUGCAGUUGAUUUACCACAUUAACUUCCUGCAUCUCCAGGAAGUUGAGAAGCGCUGGCCUGGCGACAUGGACCGCAUGCGUCGCAUGUCGCUCAUUGAGGAAGAGGGUGAGAAACGAGUGAACAUGGCUAACUUGUGUGUCGUGGGUUCUCACGCUGUGAACGGUGUAGCGGCAAUUCACUCCGAGAUCCUGAAAGCGACUGUAUUCCGUGACUUCUUUGAAAUGUGGCCAGAAAAAUUCCAGAACAAGACUAAUGGUAUUACUCCCCGUCGUUGGUUGCUCCUCUGCAACCCGGGACUAUCUGAUCUCAUCUGUGACAAGAUUGGCGAAGACUGGACAGUUCACUUAGAGAAGCUGCAGCAGUUGAAGCGCUGGUCCAGGGAUCCUGCGUUCCAACGAGCGGUCAUGAAGGUGAAGCAGGAGAACAAGUUGAAGCUUGCGUCUCUGAUUGAGAGGGAUACGGGAGUGAAGAUCAACCCGGCGUCGAUGUUCGACGUGCAGGUGAAGCGUAUCCACGAGUACAAGCGUCAGUUGCUGAACAUCCUGCACGUCAUCACGCUGUACAACCGCAUCAAGCGCGACCCGUCCGCGCCCGUCACUCCCCGCACUGUCAUGAUCGGAGGCAAGGCUGCUCCCGGCUACUAUGUCGCCAAGCAAAUGAUUGCCUUGGCUUGUGCUGUCGGUAACACUGUAAACAACGACCCUGACGUUGGAGACAAAUUAAAGUUGAUAUUCUUGGAGAACUACCGCGUCACGUUGGCUGAGCGCAUCAUGCCCGCUGCUGACCUCAGUGAACAGAUUUCGACGGCCGGUACCGAGGCGUCUGGUACUGGCAACAUGAAGUUCAUGUUGAACGGUGCCCUCACCAUCGGUACUAUGGACGGCGCCAACGUCGAGAUGGCCGAGGAAGCUGGAGAGAACAACUUCUUUAUUUUCGGCAUGAGGGUCGAUGACGUCGAAGCUUUGCAGAAGAAGGGUUACAAUGCAUACGAGUACUACGAGCGCAAUCCGGAACUGCGGCAGUGCAUAGAGCAGAUCCGCAGCGGGUUCUUCUCCCCGGGCGAGCCGGGACGGUUCGCGCACAUCGCCGACGUAUUGCUCCACCACGACCGCUUCCUACACCUCGCUGACUACGACGCCUACAUCGAGGCACAGGAGAAAGUCUCCAGUGUUUACCAGAACCAGUCGAAGUGGGCUGAGAUGGUGAUUGAAAACAUCGCGUCUUCGGGCAAAUUCUCGUCUGACCGUACCAUCGCAGAGUAUGCGCGGGAGAUCUGGGGCGUGGAGCCUUCCUGGGAGAAACUGCCAGCACCUCAUGAGACUAACUAA